AUAAUUAGGUGAUUGCUUAUCAGGCAGUACAUAGAAGGAGAGUGUGCUGCAGCUGUACAGUUCCUUGGCGCUAGCGACCAUAGAUAUAUAUACAUGUGAAUGAUUGUCACUGGCUACACGCUGCUCAGAAGGUACCUUUUACAGUUCAAUCAAUGAUAGGUAUCGUGUCGGUAUAGGUAUUCUUUGCAGAUGCAUUGAAAUUACUAAAUAAGAUGUAGCUAACGCUCAACAUGAACACAAACCACACACCCGCCUUUUAAUGGGUAGUGUUAUUUCGUAGCUUCUAUUUUGUUUCAUUAAUGACAGCUAAGAUGACAGCUGGCAGGUGUAAACAGCAAGCCGAGUUUAACGUCCGCACUGACGUACUCCAAAGAUGUUAAUGACGCCGAUAAUUAGCUGGGAAUUACCAUAAUAAAGUUGUCAUUAAUUAACCUGUCAUUGAUGAAGACAAGACUGUUCAUGCGAUAGCAUAGGCAAUGUUUACAAUAAAUUGUCCUGUAUUAUUGUGACUAUGACUCCUUUUAUCUCCCACGUAAGGCUCAAACAAAUGUCAACACCCCCGGAGAAACAAAUUCUUUUCAGACAAUCUGGGAAAAUGUACCCGCUGUCUUAGAGGGUUAGAGCUUGGGGCAACAUCUCAAUGUCCACACUUAUAACUUGACAAUGGAGGGGCAAUGGGUUGGCCCCGCUGAGAUUAUCUCGGAACUCUGUCACACGGACACUCAGGACCCUUUCCCAGUGUGGAGGAAUGGAACCUUCAGUCCAUGUUUCAAUCAAGUUGUUUUCGGCUCACUGCCCUACGCGGCUGUGGCUGUCGUUAGUGCUUGCUACCUAAGCACGCCAAGAUGCACCUAUCUUCAGGCCCACCAGUCCUAUGGCUGGGGCUUCAGGGCAGCCUCUGCCCUGCUUCUCUGGCUUCUCUUCAUCGGAGACGUGGUGGCAGUGGCCUUACUGCAAGACCCCAAUAUAUACCUCGACGUCUUGGCAGAUGGCUGUGCCAUCAUCGCCUGGCUGGUUCACUUCGGGGCGAUGGUGGUCCUACAGAGAUCUGCAUACAGAUGCACCCGGGGUCCUCCUGUGCUGGUGGUGUUGGUGGUGCUGCUGAUCCCAAAUCUGGUCAUAACUGUGACAGCUUACGUCCAGAACAGCAAUUACCUUGAUCUGUUACAGGUCCUGCGGGUGUUACGUCUGGCCAUGGCAGUGGCUCGAGCCGCUCUGCUACUCGUCUACCUCUUGGCGUUUGUUGUCCCCUGUAUUAGAGGUGUCAGGGACCCCAUGUCCAUCAAUGCCUCGGACAUGUCCCCUCUACUCCCCCAGCGAAUCAGCGUGGGUGAGAUGGUGGCGGAGGAUGGAAGCGGCUGCUUGUCGCGUCUGCUCUACCUCUGGCUGAACCCCCUGCUCCAGCAAGGGGAGAGAGGGGAGCUGGAGAGACCCAGUGAUGUGUAUCAGCUUCCCAAAAGGCUGCGCACGGCCGCUGUCCACAGGCGCUUCCGCCGCUGCUGGGAGGACUGCCAGAAGGGGGCAGCGUUGCGCAGGCACCCAGAGACCCUGCAGCCGUCUGAAGGGAGCGGCCUGCAGAACGGCUCCUGGACCGAGCCUCAGGAUGGUGCCGCACGUGAGGAGGUCAUUGAGGAUGUUAGUCUUCUGCGAGUCCUGCACAGAGCCUUCGGGCUGCGCUACUACUCGCUAGGUGUGCUAAAGCUAGCGGCUAGCAUGCUAGCCUUCGCCGGGCCCUUGCUCCUCAGCGGCCUCAUUGGCUUCAUGGAGUCUGAGGCGGCGCCUGUUCGGCAGGGGGCGUGGUGCGCGGCGGGCCUCUUCGCCAGCACGUUCGUCUCCGCUCUGCUCCGCAACGUCUUCGUCUUCGAGGUGUCCAAGGUGUCGUUGGAGGCUCGUGCCGCCGUGGUAUCGGCCAUCUACGGCAAAGCCUUGCGAGUGAGCGGGUCGGCGCUGGCCCGGUUCACCCUGGGAGAGGUGGUCAACUUCAUGAGCACCGACACGGACCGGCUGGUGAACUUCUUCAACAGCUUCCACGAGGCCUGGAGCCUCCCGUUCCAGUUUGCCUUGGCCCUCUACCUGCUCUACCUCCAGGUGGGGGUGGCCUUUCUGGGAGGCCUGGGAGUGGCUAUCCUGCUGGUGCCGCUCAAUAAAGUCCUGGCCUCCCGCAUCCUGGAGAACAACAAGCACAUGCUGACUCAUAAGGACAACAGAGUAAAGCUAAUGACGGAAGUGCUCUUCGGGAUCAGAGUCCUGAAGUUCUACAACUGGGAGCAGCAUUUUGCCCAGAAGAUCGGCGAGUGCCGUAAACGGGAGCUUUCCCACCUGAAGGCCAUCAAGUACCUGGAUGCGGUGUGUGUGUACACCUGGAGCGCUCUGCCGGUGGUCAUCUCCAUCCUCACCUUUGUCACCUACGUGCUGCUGGGCAAUCAGCUUACUGCAGCUAAGGUGUUCACAACCCUAGCCCUGGUGGGGAUGCUCAUCCUUCCUCUCAACAGCUUCCCCUGGGUCCUCAACGGCACCCUGGAGGCCAAGGUCUCGCUGGACCGCAUCCAGCGCUUCCUCAGACUACACAAUCAGGACCUCGGCGCUUACUACAACAAAGACGCCCCUGAGGACCCCCUCUCCUCCCUGGAGCUGUUGCAGGCCUCCUUCUCGUGGCAGGCGCCGGACCCUGGCGGCACGCAUAGUCCACCUGAGGAGCAGACCAACAGCGGGUCUCCAACAGGAAGUCUGUUACUGAGCAGUCUCAACCUCAGCGUACAGAAGGGCCGGUUGGUGGCCGUGGUAGGGAAGGUUGGCUGUGGGAAAAGUUCUUUACUGGCAGCCAUCAGUGGAGAGCUUCAGAGGCUAGGAGGGUCUGUGUAUGUAGCUGGUAGGACAGAGGGGUUUGGCCUGGCCGCCCAGGAGCCCUGGAUCCAGCACGCCACUGUGAGAGACAACGUCCUGUUUGGACGGGACUUUGACAGCACCUUUUACCAGACUGUGAUUGAGGCCUGCGCUCUCAGUGAUGAUCUCAAUAUGUUGCCAAGCGGGGACCGGACGGAGGUGGGCGAGAAUGGCGUGACUCUAAGCGGAGGACAGAAGAGCCGUCUGGCCCUGGCCCGUGCUGUUUACAUGGACAAGGAGAUCUACCUCCUCGAUGACCCUUUGGCAGCAGUGGAUGCUGAUGUCGCCCAUCACCUCAUGGAGAAAUGCAUUCUGGGUAUCCUCGGCACCAAGACCAGAAUCCUUUGCACUCAUCGUAUAGAGUUUUUGGACAGGGCGGACGUGGUGGUCCUCAUGGACAAUGGGACAAUCGUUAAAAUAGGAUCGCCCAGUGAAGUUCUUCCCUUGGUGGAAGCAGAGCCAAAGGAUCGAAAGAAUGAUAGCAACAAAAAAGAGAAAGAUGUCAUACAUCAGAAGGAGGAGCAGGAGUCAUCCAAUGAGCUACCUCUGGAGGAGGGGCCUGAAGAUUCGGGGGAGGAGCAGAAGCAAGUGGGAGGGCUGGCCUGGUCUGUGUUCACAGCCUACUGGAGGGCCGUGGGCGGGGCCCUGGCUGCGUCCGUCCUCUUCUCUCUGCUCCUAAUGCAAGCGUCUAAGAAUGUGUCAGAGUGGUGGCUGUCCCAUUGGAUCUCCCACCUGAAGAGCAACUCCUCAGGUGCUGCUGUUGAUGUUGAUCUCCCGCCUCCUCACCAAUCUCCACUGCUGCUCCUCUUCUCCCCCGGCGGCCUCACGUCCCCACUGUCGCUCAGGGAGACGUCGUCGCUGGGCAACAUGAGUUCUGACGUUAAGUUCUACAUGACGGUGUACGGCUCCCUGGCUACUGCCAACACGCUCUUCACCGCUGCCCGUGCCUUCCUCUUCGCCUACGGCGCCAUCUGUGCUGCUGCAGUCAUCCACGACAGGCUACUAGGCAGAGUGCUGAAGGCCACAGUGACCUUUUACGAUACCACGCCUCUGGGCCGCGUGCUCAACCGCUUCUCGUCAGACAUGUACAGCGCGGACGACUCGCUGCCCUUCGUGCUCAACAUCCUGCUGGCCAACGUGUUCGGGCUGCUGGGCAUGCUGGUCGUCAUGACCUACGGGCUGCCCUGGCUGCUGCUCCCGCUGCUGCCACUGGGGGCGCUCUACUACCGCACGCAGCGCUUCUACCGGCACAGCUCGCGCGAGCUCAAGCGCCUGUGCAGCCUCACGCUCUCGCCCGUCUACUCGCACUUCUCCGAGACGCUCGCCGGCCUGAGCACGGUGAGAGCCAGCGGUAGCGCCGCCAGGUUUGAGGAGGAGAACGAACAGCGUUUGGAGCAGAACCAGCGAUGUCUGUUCGCCAGCAACGCCGCCAUGCAGUGGUUGGACAUCCGCCUCCAGAUGAUCGGUGUCGCCCUGGUGACCGGCAUCGGCAUCAUUGCAGUCGUCCAGCACCAGUUCAAAUCCAUAGACCCAGGCCUGGUGGGCUUGUCCCUGUCCUACGCCCUCUCCAUCACCAACCUGCUCUCCGGGCUGAUCUUCAGCUUCGCCCAGACGGAGAUGCAGAUGGUCAGCGUGGAGCGCACGGAGGAGUACAGCACCUGCGUCCCCGUGGAGCCCCAAGAUGGCCGCCGCCAGGUCCCCCCUGAGUGGCCUCAGCACGGCCGGGUGGAGUUCUCCGGCGCCGCGCUGGCCUAUCGGCCGGGCCUGCCCAACGCCCUGGACGGGGUGAGCGUGGAGGUGCUGCCCGGGGAGAGGGUGGGCAUCGUGGGCCGCACGGGCUCUGGGAAGUCCACCCUCUUCCUGGCUCUCUUUCGCAUGGUGGAGCUGAACCAGGGCUGCGUCCUGCUGGACGGAGUUGACAUUAGCCAAGUGGCAUUGUCUCAACUCAGGUCAAAGAUGGCCGUCAUCCCUCAGGACCCCUUCUUGUUUUCCGGCUCGGUGCGGGACAACCUGGACCCCUGUGGCCGGCACUCUGACCCGCGCCUCCUGGAUGCCCUGGAGCAGUGCCACCUGGAGCAGGUGGUCAGAAGGAUAGGGGGUCUGGAGGCGGAGGUGGGGGAGAAAGGGAAGUCUCUGUCAGUGGGUCAGAGGCAGCUGUUGUGUCUGGCACGAGCCCUGUUGACCGAGGCUAACGUCCUGUGCAUUGAUGAAGCCACUGCAAGCGUCGACCAGAAGACUGACAUGCUUCUACAGAAGACCAUAAGAGACAUGUUUAAGGACAGGACUGUCCUGACUAUUGCACACAGGCUCAACACCAUCAUGGACUCAGACAGAGUCAUUGUGAUGCAUGCUGGGAAGGUGGUGGAGUUUGACACCCCUGCUGCUCUCUCCCAGAGGGACGACUCGUUCUUCCACAGGCUGCUGGGAGGAAGAGGAGCCUGAAGGCCAACAUAUGCCUCCGACACUGAUGAUAUGACAAUGAUGAUGUGACACUGAUGAUAUGACAAUGAUGAUAUGACGCACCUUAAAGUUACAGAUGAUAUGUCAGAGUUCGGCUAAGGGUGCAGAUAUAAUGUAUUGGUUAUGUAAGAAUGUUGCCACGUUGUUGUACCUACUUAACAGUAAAGAGUUACUCAGGGAUGAAGGUUUGUUUUUAGAUGUGUUCUUUAGAUGCAGUUCUGUUUGUUUGAUACAAUCAUGUUGUCACAAGUAAAGAUUGAUCGAUGUUUUUUUAAAUUCCUCCA